GCAGAGCGGCCCGGCGGAGGAGAAGCAACUGUAGUGUGGCGCCAGCUGCCCUUUAGCGUUAGGCAGAUAUGGAUCUCGCUGCAGCGGCAGAGCCGGGUGCCGGCAGCCAGCAUCUGGAAGUCCGCGAUGAGGUGGCCGAGAAGUGCCAGAAACUGUUCCUGGACUUCUUGGAGGAGUUCCAGAACAGCGAUGGAGAAAUUAAGUACUUGCAGUUAGCUGAGGAGUUAAUUCGUCCUGAGAGAAACACGUUGGUUGUGAGUUUUGUGGACCUGGAGCAAUUUAACCAGCAACUUUCUACCACCAUUCAAGAGGAGUUCUAUAGAGUUUACCCUUACCUAUGUCGAGCCUUGAAAACCUUUGUCAAAGACCGUAAAGAGAUCCCUCUUGCCAAGGAUUUUUAUGUUGCAUUUCAAGACCUACCUACCAGACACAAAAUUCGAGAGCUCACCUCAUCCAGAAUUGGUUUGCUUACUCGCAUCAGUGGGCAGGUGGUACGGACUCACCCAGUUCACCCAGAGCUUGUAAGCGGAACUUUCCUGUGCUUGGACUGUCAGACAGUGAUCAAGGAUGUGGAACAGCAGUUCAAAUACACACAGCCAAACAUCUGUCGAAAUCCAGUUUGUGCCAACAGACGGAGAUUCCUGCUGGAUACAAAUAAAUCAAGAUUUGUUGAUUUUCAAAAGGUUCGUAUUCAAGAGACUCAAGCUGAGCUUCCUCGAGGGAGUAUCCCCCGUAGUCUAGAAGUGAUCUUGAGGGCUGAAGCUGUGGAGUCAGCUCAAGCUGGUGACAAAUGUGACUUUACAGGGACGCUGAUUGUUGUGCCUGACGUGUCUAAGCUUAGCACACCAGGAGCACGUGCAGAGACUGAUUCCCGUGUGAGUGGUGUUGAUGGAUAUGAGACAGAAGGUGUUCGAGGCCUCCGGGCCCUUGGUGUUAGAGACCUUUCAUACAGGCUGGUUUUUCUUGCCUGCUGUGUUGCACCAACCAACCCAAGGUUUGGAGGAAAAGAGCUCCGAGAUGAGGAACAGACAGCUGAGAGCAUUAAGAACCAAAUGACUGUGAAGGAGUGGGAGAAAGUGUUUGAAAUGAGUCAAGAUAAAAAUCUGUACCACAAUCUUUGUACAAGCCUGUUCCCUACUAUACAUGGUAAUGAUGAAGUAAAACGGGGUGUCUUGCUGAUGCUCUUUGGUGGUGUCCCAAAGACAACAGGGGAAGGGACCUCUCUUCGAGGGGAUAUAAAUGUUUGCAUUGUUGGUGACCCAAGUACAGCUAAGAGCCAGUUUCUCAAGCACGUAGAGGAAUUCAGUCCCAGAGCUGUCUACACCAGUGGCAAAGCGUCCAGUGCUGCUGGCUUAACGGCAGCUGUUGUGAGAGAUGAAGAAUCUCAUGAGUUUGUCAUUGAGGCUGGAGCCUUGAUGCUGGCUGAUAAUGGUGUAUGUUGUAUUGAUGAGUUUGAUAAGAUGGAUGUGCGGGAUCAGGUUGCUAUUCAUGAAGCUAUGGAACAGCAAACCAUCUCUAUCACCAAAGCAGGAGUGAAGGCUACUCUGAAUGCCAGGACAUCCAUUUUGGCAGCAGCAAACCCCAUCAGUGGACACUAUGACAGAUCAAAAUCGUUGAAACAGAAUAUAAAUUUGUCAGCUCCUAUCAUGUCCCGAUUUGAUCUCUUCUUUAUACUUGUGGAUGAAUGUAAUGAGGUUACAGAUUAUGCUAUUGCCAGGCGAAUAGUAGACUUGCAUUCAAGAAUUGAGGAUUCCAUUGAUCGUGUGUAUUCCCUUGAUGAUAUCAGGAGGUAUCUUCUUUUUGCAAGACAGUUUAAACCCAAGAUUUCUAAAGAGUCAGAGGACUUCAUUGUGGAACAGUAUAAACGCCUCCGCCAGAGGGAUGGUUCUGGGGUAACCAAGUCUUCAUGGAGGAUUACAGUGCGACAGCUUGAGAGCAUGAUCCGUCUCUCUGAAGCAAUGGCUCGGAUGCACUGCUGUGAUGAGGUUCAGCCUAAACAUGUGAAGGAAGCUUUCAGAUUACUGAAUAAAUCAAUCAUCCGUGUGGAAACACCUGAUGUCAAUCUCGAUCAAGAAGAAGAUGCCCAGAUGGAGGUUGAUGAGGGCCCAGAUGGCAUCAAUGGUCAUGCUGAUAGCCCUGCUCCUGUGAGUGGAAUUAACGGCCAUAGUGAAGACAUGAACCAAGAUUCUGUUCCAAAAGCCUCCUUAAGGCUGGGCUUCUCCGAAUACUGCCGAAUCUCUAACCUUAUUGUGCUUCACCUCAGAAAGAUGGAAGAAGAAGAGGAUGAGUCGGCAUUAAAGAGGAGUGAACUUGUUAACUGGUACUUGAAGGAAAUUGAAUCAGAAAUAGAUUCUGAAGAGGAACUGAUAAAUAAAAAGAGAAUCAUUGAAAAAGUCAUUUAUCGACUCACCCACUAUGAUCAUGUUCUAAUUGAGCUCACCCAAGCUGGAUUGAAAGGCUCCACAGAAGGAAGUGAGAGCUAUGAAGAAGAUCCCUACUUAGUUGUUAACCCUAACUACUUGCUUGAAGAUUGAGCUAUUGAAAGAAACUGGAGAAACUAUGGCCCUCCACCUUGGGCCUGGAGUCUGGAUGGAGUUCUUCUAGCCAGAGAAAUGCUUCUGAGAGUGAUGAUUCAGGAAGAUUUACUUUGAGGAAUAAGAACGGAGUUGAUUGUCCUAUCCUAUAUUGUCACAUUCCUUUUAUACCAACACAGGUUUUAUCCCUUUGUUUAGUGUACUUCUUGUCUAAAAAGAGUUGGAUUGCAAUAAUGUGUUGUUUCUAUAGCUAAGACCUUGUGUUUUCAUGUGUAGAAAAAGGUCUGCUGCUUAUAUGUUAUGUGAUACCUUAUUGGAGAAAUAACUUUUUUCAAGUGUCAAUUACUGCUUUUUUUCACCAGAAAAAACUUUUUCAGCAGUUGUCUAUUGGAUUUAUUUCUAGUCUACUCAAAUUAUUGCUUCCAUUUAUUCAUGAAUAUAGCAAAGGGAUGGAAAUAUGACAUAGUAAACAUUUAAGCAUAACUCCCUGUGAGGAGAGUCCUUAUUAGAAUUUGUUAGUAUGAAAGCUAAGAGGCCUUGGAGAUGACUUUUAAAAGUUAAAUCAAGUUCUAUUUGUUUUUUUAAGAGAGUUUAUGAAAAUAAAAAGUUUAUUAUACUUUUCCACUACUCUUUAAUAGCUUAAAAUUUCUAUGUUCUAAGAGUAAGAUCUCAGAAUUACUUUCUGACUGCUUUUUUAAGGGAACUUUAUCAUUUUCUAUACUAUAACCAUCCUUAAAUUUUUUCAAGGAAAAGAAUUAUUACUGUUUACAAUACUAACAGUCUCUGAGGCUUUAGCUUUGAUCAGUAUGUUCAUGAUGUACCUGUUCCUAUUGCUGCAGCUUUGACAACAGAUGGGAAAUGUCAUUUUUCUAUAUUUACAACCACCCUUAAAUUUUACAGCAUUUUUCUAGGAAAAGAAUUACUGCAGUUUAUGAUACUAACAGUCUCUGAGGCUUAGCUUUAAUCAUAGGUUCCUGGUGUAGAAGGUACUGUUGUUGCAGCUUUUGACAAUAGAUGGUAUUCUGGGGUCUGUGGGGCUAGUCGGGGAAUGUUUCUAUAUGUUACUAAAGUCCACUAAUAGAAACUUCACUCACCACUAAAGGUGAGGGAGGUCGGAAACAGAAGUUGCACAGUUAGCAGAUAAAGGGUAUGAACUUGUGUGAAAACUACGUUACUAAUUAAUGGGGGUAGGCAAGCCUUUUGAGACAAGGAGACUUCCGUGUACAGGAUCUCAGCGUUAUUGUUGAGAUAGGAGCUGCUGGAGUAAGGUGUGGACUAAGGCAGAAGGUUCCAGAAAUAGGUGAUAGGAAGAACAACUAGUAAAACUCAUAAAACAGCAAGAAAGAGUUCCUUCCCUGCACCAGUUCCCAAGUUGAUAAAGAAGAUGGGGUAAGGAAUUUCUGAAUAGAGGAACAGCCUGACAGGAAUUUGAACUUCGAUUUGAUUAGAGGAAAGUGUGAAGCCCAGGAAAGAUGAGUUCCUUAAUGGUGAAUCUGUCUUCUCCCCCAAUUUUGCUAUUAGUGAAAGUGGGGACUCUAGAGCAAAGUGAGACCAUUAAUACAACUAAAAAAGUUUCUGUACAUCUGAGUAAGUGUGCUUACAUUUUCACACACCCCCUCUAUCUACAUGUUACUUAUCAGAGAAAUGAAGUGGCUAAUGGAUGGUGGAGUAUGUAUAAGAUCUUUAUGAGAAAAUUAAACAAGUAUUUAGUUAAGUGGAUAGAUGUAAAUUGUUUCUGAAAAGGACAUCUUGAAUAUUGUAAAUUGUCAACCAUAAAUUUAAUCAAUGUUUUCAGCCAAAUCCCAACAGAUGUCCAUCAGAAAGGAGAUGACUACAUAAAUUAUGAUAACAGCCAUGCUCUCUGCAUUAUACAAACUAAAAUGAGGGAAAUGAAGAUGUUUGAAAUGGAAAUAUCUCUAGGAUAUAUGGAAGAUAUGUGCAAAUAAAGCCAUGGA